AUGGCAGAGUUGUGGUUAGACGAAGAAGAAGAAGUGCAGGAUGCAGGCAUUUGGGAGUAUGAAUCAGAAACUGAAAGCAUGGAUGACAGCCAAGAAGAAGAACAACAACAACCACACACACAAAAGCUGAGAAAGCAACUAACAAUGCACAACAGAAGGAAAAUUGUAGAUGCACUUUUGGUGAAAACGAAUAAUGGCACAUUACCAAGGGGUCACAUGAAGCAUUUAUCAUCUGAAUUCAACGUUCACAAAUCAACCAUCACAAGAAUCUUCACAGAAAUCAAAAGACAGUUGGCAAAAGGGGACUUGAUUGAUGUCAGGACUAAAAAAAUUGGCAGAACAGGGAGAAAGCCAUUGCAAAUUUCUGAUGAAAUUCUACAGUCAGUCCCUUUGCAUUUAAGGCAGACAGAAAGGAGUUAUGUAGGAGCAUUGAAGAUAAGUCACAGUACUGUUCACAAUUUGAAAAAGAGAGGAAGGCUAAGAGCACACACAUGCUGCAACAAGCCAGCAUUGACAUCAGACCAUAAGAUAGCCAGACUAAGAUGGAUUUUGUCACACAUAAAUCCAGUUACAGGAAAUGAGGACCCCACAUUUGUUGACAUGAGGAAUGUCAUACACUGUGAUGAGAAGUGGUUCUAUUUGAACCCUAACAAGAGGAGGUUUUAUCUACUACCAACUAAGGAGGAUCCCUACAUAGCAGUUCAGUCAAAAAGAUUCAAGCUCAAGGCAAUGUUCAUGGCAAUUAUAGGCAAGCCAUUAUAUGACAUAAAUGGAGAACUGUUACAUGAUGGGAAGUAUGGCAUAUUCCCAUUUACUGUCCAGCAAGUAGCACAGAAAUCAAGCAAAAAUAGGGCAAAAGGGACUCUGGAAACAAAGGCACUCCAGAAUAUAAACAGAGAAGUAAUUAGAAAGAUGUUGCUGACAAAGGUCAUCCCAUCAAUCAUCUCAAAGUGGCCUGAAAGUCUGGCCAAAGAUGUGGUCAUCCAAUGGGACAAUGCAAGGCCUCACCAAGUUCCUAGGGAUGCAGAAUUUAUGGCAGCGACAACAGAAAAUGGGUUCAACAUUCAAUUUGUUUUUCAGCCAGCACAAUCACCUGAUUUGAAUGUGCUUGACUUAGGGUUGUUUAGGUCUAUUCAAUCUUUGCAAUAUCAGUCUUUUCCUAGAGACUUAGAUGAGCUAGUACAAAAAGUGAGAGACUCUUAUGACACAUUCAAUCCCCAAGUUAACAAGUACAUUUGGGUUACUUUGCAACAAUGCAUGAUGAAGAUACUCAAGGCAGAAGGUGGUAACAAGUACAGAAUACCACAUAUGAACAAAAAAAAGCUUGAAAAUAUUGGCAUUCUACCAGAGAUAGUAGAAGUCCAGGAAGAAGUAGUAAUGGAGGCUGUGGACUACCUAAACACCAUGUUUAGGCUAGCAAAUCAAGCUCACGAAGGUCAUGAUCAUGCUGAUGGCCCAAUGCCGAUGAUGAAGCAUGGUGGACCUGGUGGUGAUACACCAAAUAGCCGUGAUGACAUGGGUGGUUCGAGCUCACUUGCACCCUUUUCUGCUUUGAUGGUUGGACUUGUGGCGUUUGUUUUCUCCAUUGCAAGGAUUUGA